AUGGCUUCCUGCCCAGACUCGGAUAAUAGUUGGGUGCUUGCCGGCUCAGAGAACCUGCCUGUGGAGACCUUGGGCCCGGAAUCCAGGUUGGACACAGAAUCUGACAUGGGCCCCCAGGCCCCUUCAAGCCUCUCUAAGGCAGAUGGUGAAGAGUUAGUUGGGACGUUGGAUAAAGAAGGGACCCUCUUCAAGAGUGAAGGCUCCCAGGCUGGGCCUCUUCCUCCAGAAAAGACUGAGGCCAAGGACACCUUGGAAGGUGAUGGUGUUGAUGUGGAGCCCCCUGGUCCAGGAGACAGAGCAACCCAGGAUGACUUGCAGGAGACCCCCCUGGUGGCAGAUCUGGGACAGGACACACAUGGCCUGGAGGAUCAGCAUCCUUCAGAGAACCUACCGUCAUCCCCCAAAGCAGCUUGGAUCGUAGAAGAGGCCCAUUGCUCCAGCAGUGAGGACGACACCGACAUAGAUGUGGAGGGCCUGCGGAGACGGCGGGGCCGGGACCCCAGCCCUUCUCAGUUCUCAGCACCCAUGGGCGUGGAGAACCAGGCAGGGAGUGAGGGUGUGGCUGUGGAGCUGGGCAUUUCCCUCAACAUGUGCCUUCUCGGAGCUUUGGUCCUGCUGGGCCUGGGGAUCCUCUUCUUCUCUGGUGGCCUCUCAGAGUCUGAGACUGAGCCCUCGGAGGAAGUGGAGCUGCAGGUCUUCCCUGAUGCUGGGUCUGAUGCUGAGUUGCAGGAUGCUGUGGGGGAUGGGCAGGAUGGGCUAAGGGAGCAGCUGCGGGCCUCGGCGCCCCCUGGCAGUGUCCCCAACCUGCAGAACAUGGCCCUUCUGUUGGACAAGCUGGCCAAGGAGAACCAGGACAUCCGGCUGCUGCAGGCCCAGCUGCAGGCCCAGAAGGAAGAGCUCCAGAACUUGAUGCACCCACCCAAGGGGUUGGAAGAGGAGAAUGCUCGGCUCCGGGGGGCCCUGCAGCGGGGCGAGGCCUCCCAGCGGGCCCUGGAGUCAGAGCUGCAGCAGCUGAGGGCCCAGCUCCAGGGGCUUGAGGCUGACUGUGUCCAGGGCCCAGAUGGGGUGUGCCUCAACUGGGGAAGAAGCCUGCAGGGGGACAAGGCAACUGAGGGGCAAGGCCCCAGGGGGCAGGAGCCAGGUCCUGGCUUCAUGGAGCAGAAGGAGCAGCUGCAGGCUGAGGCGCAGGCACUGAGGCAAGAGCUGGAGAGGCAGCGGAGGCUUCUGGGGUCUGUGCAGCAGGACCUGGAGCGGAGCUUGCGGGAGGCUGGCCGAGGAGACCCAGCCUACUCUAGCCUGGCCAAGCUGGGCCAGAGGUUGGCUCAGAAGCUACAGGACCUAGAGAAAUGGGGCCAGGAUCCUGGGGCCCGGGCUAAUGCCUCAGGGACCCAGGGUCAGGAACUCCAUUUCCAGGGUUCCAAGGAGCGAAGUGGAAAGGAAAAGUGGUGGGAUGGGCAGGGGGAUCGGAAGGCUGAACAUUGGAAGCAUAAGAAGGAAGAACCUGGCCGGGAAAGGAAGAAGAGCUGGGGGGGUGAGAAGAACGGGGAGCAGGCAGGGAAGUGGAAGGAGGGAAAACCGAGAGUGGAAGAGUGGGAGGGCAAGAAGGAUGGCAAGAAACAAGGCCCUAAGGAGCUGCCAAGGAAAAGCGGGAGCCCUCACUCCUCUGGAGAAAGGCAGAAGCAUCCUCGGUGGAGGGAAGGGGCUAAAGACAUGCACGACCCCCUGCCACCUUGGGCAGAGCUGUUGAGGCACAAGUACCGGGCACCCCAGGGCUGCUCAGGUAUAGACGAGUGUGCACGGCAGGAGGGCCUGGCUUUCUUUGGCAUGGAGCUAGCCCCAGUGCAGCAACAGGAGCUGGCCUCUCUACUGAGGACAUAUCUGGCACGGCUGCCCUGGGCUGGGCAGCUGACCAAGGAGCUGCCUCUCUCACCUGCUUACUUUCGUGAGGAUGGCAUCUUCCGUCAUGACCGCCUCCGCUUCCGGGAUUUUGUUGAUGCCUUGGAGGACAGCCUGGAGGAGGUGGCUGUGAGGCAGACAGGUGAUGACGAAGAGGUGGAUGACUUUGAGGACUUCAUCUUCAGCCACUUCUUUGGAGACAAAGCCCUGAAGAAAAGGUCAGGGAAGAAGGACAAGCACUCUCGGAGCCCCAGGGUCAUGGGGCCCAGGGAAGAGCACAGCCACCACCAUAGCCAGCACCGCAGGGGCUGA